AUGAACACCCCUCUGUUACCAAACCAUGAGCCAUUCAAUUGCUUCACAAAUUCAAUGCAACAUUCCACUCAUAUUGCACAUCAACAGCAAAAGCCCACAGAAAGUGCCUCCAGAGUCUCAAAACUAACACAAAGUGAGGUGGACAAAGAUAUUUUACUCAAGUUGAAGAUCCAACUUCCACAGGAUACAAAGAUGUUGCAGAAGGGGGAAGUGAUGCAACAAUGUGAGGAGCCACUUGCACAAAUACUCCACAUGGCACCAAAGGCAAGAGAAAAUGAUGAAUUUAUUGAAAAUCUAAGAGCUAGUAGCCAGAUUAGGAAAGUCAUCAAGAAUAAACAACUGGGUCCUCAAGAUUCUAUAAAAUCCAAUCAGAAACAAGUGCCGCAUUCACACAACACUGAAGAAAUGGGUAUUGACAAGGCAGAGGAUGAAAAUGGAAUAGUCAUUGAAAAAAAAGAUGAAAGCAAAACCAACAAAGCAUGGUCUGUGCCUGCAGAGGUUUCAUUAAGACUUUCAGUAACACAUUCCAAAAUGCCAAAGGACUCCAAAUCUACCACAUAUGAAAAAAACAAUCAAGAUUCAGCUGAAAGGAAAUCUGCAAAGUCCCAAUCAAAGUUUCCUGCCUCCCAAAAUAUUGCCAGCGGUCAGGAACAAGAAAUACAACCAAAGCAUGAGGAUAGAGACAUCAUGUCAGAAGUUCCUUGUAAGCCUCAAAUUGAUAAAGACAACUGCAUAGAUAAAACAUACCCAGAUAUUGCAGAAACUGAAGACAGGAAGUGCAAAACUGUGGAUACAUCCUCAAUUUCACAGCAAUCAACACUGAAAUCCAAAGGUGUGAUGCAUUCAGAGAAUCCCAUUCCAGAAAACUCUGACCAUGAGGGGUGGAUUAAAUGCCAUGGAAGAAGACUGUGUGGGAAAAAACCAUGGUACAAUAUGAAAAACAAGGGGUCAUGGUUGACUACUCAAUAUAAGGGAACAAAUGUAAUGAAAGCACUGGAAGGCAGCCAACCUGGUUCCAAUAGGCCUGUUGAUGCACUAUUACCUCAUCACAAUCAUCCAGACGACUACAGAAUUCCAAUUAAUAUCAGGGAAAACACUUUGGCAGAUAAACUGUCAGAAGAAUCCAAAUCUGGAAACACAAUGGAUAAAGAUCUGACAACAUCUGAUCCAAUUGUAGAUCUCAACAACAGCAAACCAGAUCAAAACUUGAAUUUGAUUACUACACUCAAUUCAAGACCCAUAUCCCAAAAGAAUCACCAGCUAGAAAGCAGACCUGAAGAAGACAAGAGUCUAGAUAUGGUUGGCAGUGAACCUCAAAGUCCAGGGUUCAAGGAAUCAAGUCAAACCAGAGAAGAGACAGACUUCACAAAUAUUAGUGAUGAUGAUAUCCUAACACCAGUUACACCUAAUGUCAAUAUUGUAUCUCCAAACAGAAAGACAGAGAAUGACCAGAACUUUGUGGAGAGUGGUACUGUGGAAGAAUAUGGUAGUGUGUACUCUUUGCAUAAAGGUGGGGGCUCUUCUGUGAAUAAAGAAAAUGCAAAAAACAAGGAGAGUAGAAAGAAACAGAAGAAAGAUAGAAACCUAAACAAGUCAAAGGUAUCAAAGGUAUCUGAAAAACCACUACCACAAUCAAUUUCACAAAUAAUGAAGACACAUGUUGGAAAAGCAAUUUUAGAAACUCUUCAGUUUCCAAAAAAGAAGAGGCUUUUGCCAAUCAAUCUGGACAAACAGAGCACAUUGAUACUUGCAGAUGAUUGUCUUCAUUACAAAAUGACAGGUGAACAUGUUCAAGAGAAGAGACUGGCUUGGGUAAAGACUUUUCAUGAAUUCACACUCCAAUUUGGAGAUGAAUGUGAAGCUCAAAGGAGAGUUUCUGCAUUGCUAGCACAGUUCUCACAAAACACAAACCAAAUUUAUUUUAAAGAGAUGAAAGACUUCUUAUCUAAGACUCUUCUAAAAGUAUUGGAGAUAUUGAAGGUUGAAGAAGAAUUCCCGCUCUUCCAGGACUUUGAUUCUGCAAAAUAUUCAAAUUUCCAGAAACUGAAAUCUGAGCUAAGUGAAGUAGAUAGUUUGAAACUUUUAUAUGUAUGUAGUAAAGAAGAGCUGAAUACUUGUAUUCACCAAAUGAGUAUCAUGUCACGCAUUGAUCAUAGUUCAAUCCUCUUCAAGUCACAUGAGAUGAAAGAUUUUCUCAAGCAAGGAGGAUCUUUACAAAGUGUUCUAGAGAUCCAGCACAAUUUGGGAUUUGGAAUGGAAGAAAAGAUAUGGAAGAAAAUGGAAGAAUACAAGACCAAAGAAAGAGCUCUAAACAUCAUAUAUGCAAUGCUAGGGACGUCUAUAUCACAGGACGUUCCAGAACUUCUCUGGUCUGUAUCACAACAGUGGUUUGGGACAUACACAAGGGAUUUUUUUUUCAAACAACCACAGUUAUCACAUAUUUUUGAGGAAAGGUUUGGAAUUCUUGUUGAGUAUUCUGAGAAGCUACCACCAACAAAGUUGAGCAAUUGGAUGACACAGAAGGAAGCUUCAGAGGUGGGUACAAUAUCUCAAAGUCAGCUCCAAUGGGGCAAAGUGAUGGUGGGAGUGCACUGUGGAAUUCCACUGAUUUACCUAUGGCAUGGGUUGGUGUUGAUAUAUGAUAAGGUGGAGCUCAAAUAUAGACCAGGUAUCAAAGACAAAAAACCAUUAUAUUGGCCAUUGAACCUACCAGCUAAUAUGGAUUACCAAUUUGCACGAUUCAAGAAGUUUUUUGAAUUUUUUGGAAAACGACUCUUACUUACUAAUAAAUUCUGA